GCCCUGCCGGACGACGACGACAUACUCGAGGAGGUCCUCCUCCGUCUCCCGCCGCGGCCCUCCUCGCUCCCGCGGGACUCCCUCGUCUGCAAGCGCUGGCUCCGCAUCCUCUCCGACCCCCGUUUCCUCCGCCGCUUCCGUGCAUUCCACUGCCGGAGCCCCCAGCUCCUCGGCCUCUUCUUCGAAGAUCUCGACGAUGUCCCCCGCUUCAUCCCGACGCUGGACCCACCCGACCGCAUCCCCUCCGCGCGUUUCUCCCACGCGCCGCUGCCCGGCCGCGAGAGCUGGAAUUUCCUCGGCUGCCGCCACGGCCUCGCCCUACUCCUCAACCGUACGCGCCUCGAGGUCACCGUGUGGGAUCCCAUCACCGGAGACCAGCUCUACGUAGCCGCCCCGCCGGAGAUGUUAAACAGCGAAGGCGCCGAGUUUGUCCGCCAUGGCGCGGUACUCUGCGAGGACGGGCGGGUGCCACUCGAAGCCUUCAAGGUGGUUUUGCUGGCUGAUGGUUGCCGGCGGCAUCAUGUGGAUGCUCAGGUGUUCGCCUCCCUCUAUGAAUCUGAAACCAGUGUGUGGAGCAGCCUCACCUCGACAUCGAUCAGGGCUCCACUUUCGGACCAGCCCAGCAUCCUGGUUGGGAAUUCACUCUACUGGUUGCUUCUGGGUUAUGUGGAUGGUGGCAUCCUUGAGUUUAAUCUGGACAGGAAAAGUCUAGCUGUGAUUGAACACCCGGUAGGUGCACACGUUGCAGUAUGCCCAAGUCUUCAGAUCUUGCGAAUGGAGGCCAGUGGACUUGGCUUAGCCAGUUUGUCAGGUGCCAACAUCCAGUUGUGGGAGAGGAAGGCUGAUUCUGGCUGUGUAGCCAGAUGGAUGCUACACAAAAUCAUCGACCUGGGCAAGCUGCUUUCACUGAGAUCACCGAUGGAGACAUGGCAUGUGAUAGUGGGGUAUGAUGAAGAUGGCCAUGCCAUCUUUAUAUCAUCUCGUGCUCAUCAAGUCUCUAUGGUCCAACUCAAGUCAAUGCAGUUCAGGAAUCUUUUUGAAAGCAAGCUCAUCACCGCCUAUCAUCCCUUCACAAGUUUCUAUGCUACAGGUAAUAGAUCAUCGUUGCUUUUCAUUCAGGAGUAG